AUGUACGACCCUCUCGUAAUGCCGCUUCGUGCCAAAGGCUACGAUAUCCACGUUCUUGAACCACCCUGCUAUCCUGCUGGCUACAAAGCCAACUCGGUCACUCAACCAAGCAUGUAUGACGACGCGGCUUACGUCAACGAGUUUGUGAGAAAGCUUGCAGACAGUGGAAAGGAAGUCAUCCUACUUGCGCAUAGCUAUGGUGGUUGCCCAGCCACCGAGGGUACCAAAGACGUAACGAAAAAAGAGCGAGUGCAUCAGGGCAGGACUGGUGGUGUGGUACGCCUUGCGUAUCUCACAGCCGCCGUACCACGUAUCGGUGAAUCCUGCGGUCAGGCCCUUGCACGCGAACAGAGUGCUCCAAUCGAGGUCGAUGAAAACGGAUGGGUAACGCAGUCCGAUCCUGCAGCUACAGCGUCACUUUGCUUCAACAACCUCACGCUGGAAGACGGCAUUUCGUACGUUGCAAAGUUUGGCAAGCAUCACGGUGCUUGUUUCGGUGACGUACUUACCCACGCUGGCUACAAAGAUGUUCCUGUAUCUUGGUUCUUCGCAGAGGAAGACCUUAUUGUUGUUCCAAAGGCACAGCAGGCUGCCAUUGAUGUUAUCGAGGGAAGUUGGGUCGGUACAGAGAGGGAUGGGAUGAAGGUGGAUGUUAACAAGGUGGCCUGCGACCACUUUCCCCUCGUUCUUGACGAGAAGAGAGAGCAAGUGAGUGUUUGGAUUGAGGGCCUUGUCGAGAAAGGAGGCCGUGAAUAG